AUGAGUACGCUCAUAGAGAAUAACGGACACUGUCCAUUAUAUCCAAUGGUUCUUUUAAUCUCUCAAUCACGAUUGAUCUGCUGAAGAGUUUCUCAAUAUUAUGAUUAUUUAUCCUCUAUAAAUCAUCGCCGGUGUAUUUGAUUGAACAUCUGUGAAAAUCUCCGAUUGAAGAUCUGGGAAGAAGGAACUCAAGUGAUGUCACAAGUGUGGUUUUUAUUUCAAAAUAAGAGAUUCUUGUUAAUCAAUAACAAAACCAGUGACAACUCCAGCAACACAAGAUAUGGGAGGCAAUUCCAAUGACGACCAGGCUGUUGUCGAAUCCACCGACUCUACAGCCUGGUUUCGCAGCUACUUGCAUGGAGGAACCUCCAGCCUCAUUUCCACCUUGACCACCAUCAUCACGUUCCCUUUGUACAAGACUGUGUUUCGUCAACAGCUUCACAGCACUUUAGUACGUGAAGCCGUGGUCCAGUUAUUUAAGGAGGGUCCGCUGAAACUGUACCGUGGUGUAGCUCCACCCCUCCUGAUGAGAUCUCUCAAUGGCACGCUCCUGUUUGGCCUCCAGGACACUUUCCAACAGAAGCUCUCCAUCUGGGCCGAACCCCCUCUUCCUCAAAAUCUCCUGCCGUCUAUGGCUGGUUUAGGUGCAGGGGUGGUGGAAGCUGCUCUCUUUACUCCUUGUGAACGUGUGCAAAACGUCCUGCAGAAUAGCAGGAAUGACAGCAGUCUUCCGACUAUAAGAAGUGUAUUGCUCAAGUUAAGUUCGAGACCAUUAGCAUCAGGGUACUACACAGCAUUUCUACCUAUUCUUGUCCGUAAUGCCUUAGGAAACAGUCUCUAUUUUGGUCUAAAGGACCCAAUGUCUAAAGCACUCAGGGAUUAUGGCUUUUCUCCUGUAGCGUCAUCAUUUAUAUCAGGAGUUUUAAAUUCAAUGAUGAUUAGUCUACCACUGUAUCCUCUCUCUGUGCUGGUGGCCAACAUGCAGGCUCAAGUAGAAGCAGACAGAGGAGUAAAAAGCAGUUGGCAGUGGCUUUGGGCAGCCCGUAACCAUAGCCUGGUUCUUCUCUAUCGUGGAGGUGGCUUGGUCAUCUUUCGCUCCUGCAUUACCUGGGGCAUCACUACUGCCAUAUAUGACCAGUUGAAAAGACACUCAAGCUGAUAGUGAUGCAGUCAGCGAGGAAUCAGUGAUUUCCUCCAUAACCGAAAUCUCAGGUUUAUAUUAACAUUGUUUUGCACAAACCUAAGAGACCAAACAUUGAAGUUUUGCAAUGAUGUAGGCAGUGUGCUAAAAUAUUUAUUAAUGUAAUGCACACAAUAUCGUAAACAUGAUGUACAUUUUUUUUUUUAAGGAAUGAAAGAAUUCUUACUACAAAAACCUUGCAUAAUGUAUGUUGAACUGAAAUGCGAAAUAAAUAAUUUAAAUAUUACAGGAAAUCUAUCCAUCUGACUGUCUUUGUGUCAAAGCCUUUAAAAUGGAAAAGAAACACUACAGAAGGUAGUGGUUUUCAUUAGGAAUAAAACGACUAUAACAUUAUUCCUCAUUUAUUGCAGUAUAACUGCAUGGCCACGUUAAAGAGCACCUAUUACAUUGCUAGAAACAACAUUUUUUGUGUGUUUUUUGUAUAAUACAGUGAGUUUGCGUGGUUUAUGGUUCAAAAAACACAUUAUUUUACCGUACAUUAUGGUUGCUUCAGAUGUCCCUGCCUUCCUCAAAUGCCAGCAAACCAGUACAUUGUGAUUAGCCUGAAUACCUAUGACAUCAGCCAUGUUUAUAAGAUUACUCCCAAUGCAAUACUACAGGAGUUAAUAUUGUCUUUACUAUCUUAUCAAUACGAGCCAAAUCUGAUCCAGAAAAUGCAGAUGAGCAAGCUGACAAACAACAAGUGCUACU